AUGAAGAUCCUCAUCAGCGGCGCCGGCUGCGCCGGUCCGGCCCUCGCCUUCUGGCUCUCCCGAACCAACCACCAAGUCGUGGUAGUUGAACGCUUCCCCACGCUGCGCGACAAGGGAGCCCAGAUCGACCUCCGCGAGCAAGGCAUCGAAGUGGUCCGACGAAUGGGUUUGCUCGACACUAUCCGCCAGCACUGCGUCCACGAAGAUGGAUUCACUCUCGUCGACGGCAAUGACCACGUCACGGCCAUGAUACGACCGAAUACAUCCGGACAGGGCGCGCAGUCCUUCUCCGAAUUCGAGAUCAUGCGUGGCGAUCUCGUCCGGAUCUUAUACGAUGCUACCAAAAAGGACGUGGAGUAUCGGUUCAACACGACCGUGGAGCGCUUCGAACAAGAUGAUGAGAAAGUCAUCGUCAACUUCUCGGAUGGAACGUCUGAGACGUUCGACCUUCUUGUGGGUGCAGAUGGCCAAGGCUCGCGAAUUCGACGGGGGAUUCUGCCACCAGACACAGCCGAUCCGUAUCUCCAUCUAGGCAUUCACGCGGCGUACUGGUUCGUUCCGCGGGAGAAAGGAGAUACCAAUACCUUCACGACAUACAUAUCUCCUGGUGGACGGGCGAUAUUUCGUCGAAGUCACAGUCCCACGACGUCUCAGGUGUAUUUCAUGCUGAAGGACGACGAUCCGGCGCUUGCGUCUAUUCACCGCGCGGCGGUAGACGCGCAGAAGGAGUUCUGGAUGCGGCAGUACCGGGGGGCAGGGUGGCAGACCGAGCGAUUUAUAGAGGGGAUGAAGACGACGGAUAAUUUCUACUCGCAGGAAAUUGUGCAGGUGAAGACGGAGACGUGGUAUAAAGGACGGGUGGUGUUGUUGGGUGAUGCAGCUGCGUGUCCGGCUGUGGUGACGGGGAUGGGGACGACAGGGUGUCUUGUUGGGGCGUAUGUGCUGGCUGGGGAGAUCAAUCGGCAUGCUGGGGAUGUGGGGGCAGCGUUGAAAAAUUAUGAUGCUACAUUGCGGCCAUUUGUGAAAGAGAUCCAGAAGUUGAAUACGUCGGUGGUGAGGUUGUUCUUCCCAACUUCAUGGUGGGGGAUUUGGUUGCUGCAUUGGUUUGCAGCUGUCGUGUGUUUCUUGAGGAUUCCGGAGUUGCUGGAUAGGAUGGGGAAUGAAGAGGUGGGUGGGUGGAAGCUGCGGGAAUAUGAGGAGUUGAUAGGGGUCGUUUGA